CAAAUUCUACAUGGGCCGCAACGGACCAAACUCACCAGAGAUCAGCCUGCCUACACCUCCUGCUGUUUGACCCUUUUCCAAACCCAAAGACAACUAGUACUAGCAGAGAGGGAGCUGUCCCGAAUCCGUCGGUUACCACGACUGCCGCCGGCGAUGGCUCCCUCCGCCGACGCCGCCGCGCCCGCCCCGACCCCUCCGCUGGCGCCCCUCAUCGCCGCGCAGCUCAAGUUCCUCCUCACCAACUCCAGUCUUCCCAUCAAGGUGGUGCAGAUCUGGUCCGGAUGCAGCAAGGGCCGCUACGCUGAUCGCUUCACCCUCGGCAUCCCCUUCUGCCUCGACUACGUCUACUGGGAUUUCUUGUAUAAUGCGAUGCACCCCAAGGUGGCGCCGGACGUCAUAUUCGGGCAGCGCGAUGAGGGAUUCCAGCCACUGGUCGAUUAUGAUGAGUCCGGGAAUGGGGGAAAGAGCUGCUUGGCACACUGGGAUUACCGUGACCCCCGUGGCCUCCUCUGCCUCGUGGAGGAGCUCCGGUUAUUAUACAUUGAGUACCAAAAGAAGCUGGUAGAGAAAGUGGAUGAUGCAAGACUGAAGUUUGAAAUAAGCACAGUUCUUGCUAAGGAGGGGAUUGAAGUCUCCUUGGUAUCAUCAACUGGUAGGUCAGAUGAGGUGAAAUUUGCUGUCCCGCUUCUGGAUUUAGACCUCAAAAUGAUGGUGCCUGGAUGUCCUUGGAAACUUCCCCAAAAGAUCCAUCUGCAGGCCAUAUUUCCGGUUAGCAGUAGUUACCUCUCUGUUCCUUCUGCACCAGGACUGAAACUAACCUCAACUCCUGAUUUGAAGUCAUUUUUCUCUGUGGAUGGUGUUAAGCUCCCUGCAUGGGUAGAUGGGAUGUGCAUGGCUGAGUAUGUUCCCACUUUAGAAGAAGACCUUAAAUUGCAGGUCGUGGAUGCAUCAGCUUCAAUCGGUUGCAGGAGACGAUUCAUUGAGGCCCUAGCUCCUGCUUUCGGGAGACCAUUGGAGGCUGAUCCGGUACUUGCUUCUCACUGUUUUCUUAUGUUAUUGUGGUUUUUGCCAUGUCGUUUAACAACUCUGUCUAUGUAUCAGAUUUUUUGCAGGAAAGCCACAGUUCUUUCCAUUUCGGGGAUUUUCACAUUUCUGGUUCACUUUGUCAUCCCCCUUCAAUUCCCCCAACAACAGCCUAUCCUGACUUUGCAGAGUUGUCAGCACUGUAAUUCCCAAGGUAUACCUAUCACGUCAUCUCCAAACAACAGCUAUCCAUGGAGUCCUAGAUGGGAAGUAACGGAAAUGGUGGAUCGCAUCUACGACUAUCUGGCUGACGAGUGCCAGAAUUUCAAGAAGUUAUGCAGUGAUGGUUUCCCCCAAGCAAAGUAGCUAAGGAGGGAGCAUCUCUACCCUUUUGGCUGCCCGUAAGCUGUAGUCCUCGACUAUUUGUGUGACGAGCAAGGAGCAAGGAAGCAGCCUGACCAGGCAGUAGAAUCAGUCCAUAGGGCAAGAGAGUGCUUCUAUUUGGCAAGUAAAUUGUGUACAAUAGAGCGUUGUUGGUUUGUUGAUGCCACCCCUGCUGGUCAUGGUGGUUUUGGGGGAGAAAUGGCGAUUCAGUUCUUCCUGUCUUGGGAGUUGUGUACAUAUGGAUAUUGGUCGUUGAAUUCUCUCCAGUGUAAAGUCUGCUGCAUGUGACAGUCGGGGUAUGAACUGUUUCGUUCUUGAACAUCUAUGGUAACUCGGGCGCCAAGUCGAAGAAAUCAGCUGUUUUUUUCUCGUCA